UCUCUCUUUCUCCCCUCCCUAAAAUUUCCCAAGGCUGCAGCAAGGCGGUCUCUCACUUUCACUCUCUAUAAAUAAAUAUCUUCUUCUUCCUUCCUUCCUUCAGUCUCUCUCUCCCUGAGAAAUCGAGCGACUCUAACACCUGUUAUUGAUUCCGCAGAUUGUUCUUUUCUUUUUCCCUUCCGUAAUUUUUUUUCCCGUCAGGAUCUUGUUCUGUAUUUGUGGAGUCAGAGAAGAAGAUGAGCUCUCAAGUCAGGCGAGACAGGCGUCAUCCUCAGAACUCUCAGCAAACUUGGGUUCCUAGAGGUGCUUCUACCUCCCUUGGGGUUGUCAAUGAGCCUUCUCAUCCUCCUGUUAAUACAGCCGGAGUUUCAGAGAGUCUUGCCACUGGUGCUGCUGCAUCACGUCCUGUUUAUCCACAAAGGCAGCAUAACCCUCGUCCUCCUCAUAAUCAGCACCAGAGGAGUAAUUUCACUGGUCCACCUCCACCUAAUCGACAGAGAAGAAAUAAUAAUAAUGCUCCGGGAACAGCUCUGCCGGUGGAUAAUCGUCAACGAGUCGGGUCUAGGACCAGGCCUGUGUAUCAGGGGAAAAGGGUAGCUAAGGAGGAGAACAGUGGAUUGACGGAUCCGAAUUUGCCUCAGCUUGUUCAGGAGUUACAAGAGAAGCUGGUGAAGAGUUCUAUUGAGUGUAUGAUUUGUUACGACAAGGUUGGGCGGUCUGCUAAUAUAUGGUCUUGCUCCAGCUGUUACUCCAUCUUCCAUAUGCAUUGUAUCAAGAAGUGGGCUCCACCUACUUCCAUUGAUUUGUUGGCUGAGAAGAAUCAAGGUGAUAAUUGGAGGUGUCCUGGUUGCCAAUCUGUGCAGUUGACAUCGUCAAGAGAGAUAUGCUAUCGUUGCUUUUGUGGAAAAAGGAAAGAUCCACCCUCUGAUCCGUACCUGACUCCACAUUCAUGCGGGGAGCCGUGUGGGAAGCCGCUGGAGAGAGACUUCGCUGCGGCAGCUGAGACGGCCAAAGAGGAUCUUUGUCCUCAUAUCUGUGUGUUGCAGUGUCACCCUGGUCCUUGUCCUCCUUGUAAGGCGUUUGCUCCACCUCGUAGUUGUCCUUGUGGUAAAAAGACGGUUCAUACUAGAUGCUCUGAGCGGAGAUCUCUUCUUGUUUGUGGGCAGCGUUGCGAGAAGCUUCUCAACUGUGGACGUCAUCAGUGUGAGAAGACGUGUCAUGUUGGUCCUUGUGAUCCUUGUCAGGUACUAGUAAAUGCCACAUGUUUCUGCAAGAAAAAAGCGGAGACUGUCAUUUGCGGAGAUAUGAAUGUGAAGGGAGAGUUGAAAGCUGAAGAUGGUGUGUAUUCGUGCAAUUUGAACUGUAGGAAGCCGCUUGGAUGUGGUAAUCAUUUCUGUUCCGAGGUUUGCCACCCUGGACCUUGCGGCGACUGUGACUUACUGCCCAGUAGAGUUAAGACGUGCUAUUGUGGGAAAACGCGUCUUGAAGAACAGACCAGGCGGAGUUGCUUGGACCCAAUUCCUUCUUGUUCAAACAUAUGAGAACUUCUUCCUUGUGGGUUACAUACUUGCAAAGAGGUGUGCCAUUCAGGUGAUUGCCCUCCUUGUUUGGUACAAGUCAACCAGAAAUGCCGGUGUGGGUCGACAUCCAGGACUGUGGAGUGCUACAUAACAACUUCAGAGAGGGAGAAGUUUGUGUGUUCUAAACCAUGUGGGCGUAAGAAGAACUGUGGGAGACAUAGAUGUAGUGAGCGUUGCUGCCCUCACUUGAACACGAAGAAGAAUGAUCUAUCCGGCGAUUGGGACCCACACGUAUGUCAAUUACCUUGUGGAAAGAAUCUAAGGUGUGGGCAACAUUCCUGUGAAUCUUUGUGCCAUAGUGGCCAUUGCCCUCCUUGCCUCGAGAUGAUAUUCACAGAUCUAACAUGUGCGUGUGGAAAUACUUCGAUUCCUCCACCACUACCAUGUGGGACGCCUGUUCCUAGCUGCCAGCUUCCAUGCUCCAUUCCUCAGCCUUGUGGCCAUUCUGCUACGCAUGGAUGCCAUUUUGGAGAUUGCCCUCCUUGUUCUGCCCCCGUGGAAAAGAAAUGCGUUGGUGGUCACGUGGUUCUGAGAAACAUACCUUGUGGGCUGAAAGACAUCAGAUGUAACAAGAUUUGUGGAAAGACGAGGCGCUGUGGCAUGCAUGCUUGUGCCAGAACUUGUCACCCGGAGGCGUGUGACACUUACAAUGAAUCUGAAACAGGUGUUCGUGUUACAUGUGGACAGACUUGUAGUGCUCCUAGAAGAGACUGCAGGCACACUUGUGCAGCUCUCUGCCAUCCUUCGCAGCCGUGCCCUGACUCGAGAUGUGAAUUUCCAGUCACAAUAACAUGUUCCUGUGGUCGCAUAACCGCUGCUGUCCCUUGCGGUGCGGGAGGAGGAAGUACUAGCAAUCUUAGUGUUGAUUCUGUCUAUGAAGCCUCUGUUUUGCAGAAGCUUCCAACCACGCUUCAGCCUGUCGAGUCGAAUGGAAACCGAAUCCCUCUCGGGCAGCGAAAGCUUUCGUGUGAUGAUGAGUGUGCUAAGCUCGAGCGUAAGCGUCUUCUUCAGGAUGCGUUUGAUAUCACUCCCCCUAAUCUGGACUCUUUACAUUUCAGCGAAAAUUCUGCAAUGACAGAGAUUAUCUCGGACAUCUAUCGGCGUGAUCCGAAGUGGGUACUGGCUGUUGAAGAGCGCUUCAAGUACCUGGUACUUGGGAAGGCUAGAGGAAGCACAAGCACCCUUAAGGUCCAUGUCUUCUGUCCGAUGCAAAAGGAUAAACGAGAUACAGUUCGGCUUCUAGCUGAGAGAUGGAAACUUGCGGUUAGCAAUGCAGGGUGGGAGCCAAAACGGUUCACAGUGGUCCACGUAACACAAAAGUCAAAGCCGCCAACACGAAUUAUUGGACCUAGAGGUGGCGCUGUCUCGCUAGGCGGGCCUCACGCACCGUCCUUCGAUCCGUUAGUGGAUAUGGAUCCAAGGCUUGUGGUUUCUUUAUUGGAUCUCCCGAGGGAGGCAAAUAUCAGCGCUUUGGUGCUGAGAUUUGGUGGUGAAUGUGAGCUUGUUUGGCUGAAUGACAAAAACGCUUUGGCCGUGUUCCACGACCAUGCCCGAGCCGCCACUGCCAUGAGGAGGCUGGACCACGGAUCUGUAUACCAAGGAGCCGUGGUCGUCCAGAACAGUGCGCAAUCUCCAUCACUCGGUAAUGCAUGGGGAAAACUACCUAGCAGCUCAUCCUGGGAGGCACAGAAAGCAAAUCCAUGGAAGAAGGCAGUGAUUCAGGAGAGUGAUGAGAAUUGGGGAGCUGAAGAUUCCCCCAUUGGAGGAUCAUCAACCGAUAUUCAAGCAUCCGCGUGGAGAUCAGCAACUAGCAACACUCCAGUGGUUACAUCGGUUAACCGUUGGAGUGUACUGGAGCCAGAGAAGCCGAACACGUCGUCUUUGCAGCCAUUGGUUCAGACAGAAGGGAGCAGCAGUUCAAAAGCUGCAGGUAAACAACCGGAGGAAGGCUCAAGCGAAGAUGUGGUGGAUGAUUGGGAGAAGGUCUGUGAGUGAGAAUAUGAUGCGACUCUGAUAUUUUUCUACUUAUUUUUGCUUAGUAUAAAAAAACGGCAGGUUGCUCAGUCUUAUAUUGAUUUAGACUGUAUAGCUUGCGUCAACGAGGUGCCCGUUUUGUCUUGGCAUCUGAAUGUUCAGCGACAGUAUUGUGAAAUGGCAUGUUCUUUGUUUAUUGAAAUCAAAACUUUUUCUAGACAA